GUUUGUGGAACAGCAAAGUCUUCACUUCACAUUUCCUGCCUUUCCUGUGUAAAAUUAGCAGCGGGCUGGCCUUAUCUACUCAGACCAGGGUUCCUGUGGGAUAGAGAGGAAAGGGAGGAGUGUACAGAGAGGAGGAGAGUCAAGACACUUGGCAUAAACAGCUCUUCAGAAGGAUGAAGGAUACAGAGGCGUCAUGCUGGCUUCUUGGAGAAGUGACUGUGUAGAGGUCAUUGCUAAGCAUUGCUGUUUGAAAACCAGCAGACUCGGCAGAAUGGUCUCUGAAUCCCGAGCUUAACACUCCAAUGAGCAGGAAGCUGUGUAGAAGUGGACUUUCACAAAAUGGAUCAACUCCCAUCUAGCAAAGUGCAAUCCUCCUUUAGUGGUCUCUGAUCUCGUUGAAGAUGUUAAAGAUGGAGUGAUGCUGCUAGCUCUUCUUGAAGUCCUGUCUGGUCACAAACUGCCAUGCGAACAGGGCCGCAAGCUGAGGAGGAUCCACUGGGUUGCUAACGUGGGAAGAGCGCUGAAGUUUCUGGAGAGCAGGAGGUCGGCCUACAGAGGAUCUCCGAUUAAACUAGUAAACAUCAACACAACAGAUGUGGUAGACGGCAGACCUUCGAUUGUGCUGGGGUUAAUAUGGACCAUCAUCUUAUAUUUCCAGAUAGAGGAGCUCACCAGUCAUCUACCAGCCGUACAACCACAGUGUAGCAGCAAUUCAUCAGUAGAAAGCUCCAACAGCACUGAGACCAGCAGCCCACCUGUCAAACGCAAGCCCCGCCUUUCUUUUCAGGGCGGGGCCAAGAGAGCCCUGCUCAAAUGGGUCCAGACCACAGCAACAAAGAGAUUGGGUCUGGAUGUGAAGGACUUUGGCCCCAGCUGGCGCACAGGGAUGGUUUUUCACGCUGUCAUCUUUGCUUUGCGACCCCAUCUUGUUAAUAUGGAACGUGUUUGGAGGAGACCCAACAGAUGUGGAUGUGGAUAAGCCAGAUGAGAAGUCCAUCAUGACAUAUGUGACACAGUUUCUGAAGCAUCACCCAGACAGCCAAGAGACAGAGAUUGGAGAUCAAGAGGAGAAGGAGCAGCGUAAGACACUGAGGGAGCUGAAAGUGUGGGCAGAUCAGUUGGAGAGAGAGAGAUUGUGCUCAAGAUCAGAGGAACGGAGGAAGUCCUGUUAUGCAGUACCAG